UUAACUUCUUUAAAAAUGGCAACGGCAUAUGGUAUACAUUUGGGAAAUAGUUCGGGUUGUUUAGCGGCAUUUACUAACGGCACUGCAGCAGUUUUAGCGAACGAUGCAGGAGACAGAGUCACCCCCGCAGUAGUUGCAUUGAAUGGCACCGAGUGGGAAAUAGGCUUACCGGCGAAGUCAGGUCAACCAAACUCUAAAGCUAUAAUAAAAUACAACAAGCGGCUUAUGAACUGUGAUUUUAACGAAGAGGAUUUAUCUUACGUGGAGACUGCUUCUUCGUGCCGCGUUCAGAAUGAUGAAGAAUUAGUGUACGAGUUUCAAACAAGUGAAACCAAAUUAUAUUCGAAUCCAGAUAAUAUAGCUACGAAAAUAUAUGCUAAACUUUAUACUAUUGCCAGUCACGCUGUUCAAAAUGAAGGAGACCUAAAGCUGGUUUUAGCUGCACCGCUCUAUUGGUCAAAUGCUAGUAGAGAGAGAUUAGUCAAAUGUGCGGAAUUAGCUGGGUUUGAUGUGUUGCAAGUCAUAAGUGAGCCUGCUGCGGCACUACUAGCUUACAAUAUUGACGAUCUAGUAGAAGAUAUCAAUGUCUUAGUGUACAGACUUGGUGGCUCAACAUGUGAUGCGUCAAUCGUAAAAGUAUCAAAUGGUUUUUUGUCAGUGGAAAAAAAUAUAUUUAGAGCUGAUUUAGGUGGACAAUGUCUCACAAAAGAUUUAGCUGAUUAUGUAGCCCAGGAGUUCAGACAGAAAUGGAAGCUGGAUCCCCAUGAAAGUCGGAGGGCUAUGUCAAAGCUAUUACACCACGCAGACAACUGCAAACAUGUACUAUCAACACUUAGCUCGGCACAUGUCUUUAUUGAAUCACUUCUAGAUGGUGUAGACUGGAGUCAAAACGUGACUCGUGCAAGGUUCGAAAAUAUUAUUUCUUCAAAAAUCUCAUCCUAUAUAGAACCAGCUAAAAAAGUAAUUGAUAGUUUUGAUGGUAAAAUAAGCAAGAUAGUACUCUGUGGUGGCAGCAUGAAAAUACCUAAGCUGCAGUCGGCAGUUGCAAGUUUAUUACCUGAGGCAGAAGUACUGUCAGGUAUUAAUCCUGAUGAAGUAAUAGCUGUAGGAUGCGCAAAACAAGCAGGACUGAUUUUAGAUUUGCCUGAGUUGUCUCUGUCAAACACUAGUACAGAAGUUGAAUUCCUAGGAACAGAUAUAUACAUGAAAUAUUUAGACAAAACAGUUAAAUUAUUUCAAGAAGGAACUCCACCAUUUGCACAAAAUAUUUGUAAUAUUGAAGCAGAGAAAGACAUUAAAGAUAUCAGUUUUACAUUACAUGACGAUCCAGAAAAUGAACAGUUUGCAAAGGAGACGUUUAAUGUUGAAAGCUUAAAUAAACCAUUCAAAUUAAAAGCGACAUUACAACAAAGUAACAUUUUAUUACAGGUUGAAUAAUUUUUUGAAAUAAUAAAUGUAUCUUUUUGAAUACUGAA